AUGCCGCAUCGCCGCGCAAGUCCCACCAUCGGCGACCUUGGGUUGACACUGAGGAACGCGGUCCAGUACUACACGAAGCUCCAUGAAGGCGUCCUCACCAAGCUCAAGCGCCACAUGGGCGUGUGGCUCACCAUCGCCGUCGAACUCCAGGCCUCUACGACGUGGACCCGCAGUGCCGUGGUCGCCGAAGAGCAAGGCAAGACGUUCUGGCUCAACCCGGCCCUGCUUGAUGGAGAAGAGUCGCGCCUGCUUUUGGCCAUUCCCAAGUUGGACAAGUUCGCCACCCCUGACAUUAUGAAGAAGAUCGACGAAGCCAAAGCGACGUACGAUGCAAUGGAAAAGAAGAUGGCGAGCGGUGCACCCCCGGUGGAUGAGGACGAGGAGGAUGACAAUAACCUCGACGAGUUGUUUGUUCGCCUUCUAAACAACGAGGAAGACCAUGCUGAGGCCAUGGACCUUGACGAGUCGGACGGCGAGGUCACGGCCAACCCCGACGACCACGCGUCAACCUCCUUUUCCCGCCACGAGCAGAAAACCGACACCGAGGAUGACUCUCCCCUCGGCAACAUGAUGUAUGGUCACGACUGGCUCAUCCAGGAAGGCCUGCUCGUCCAACAGGGCGAGGACGUGACUACAUUCGAGUACAUGCUUCGCUGCAAGGAGACGUGGGAGGAGCUCAAGAUGACUGUGGCGGCAUGCCAGAUAGAGAUUACGCGACUCAAGAAGCCGGUCACCGUUGUUGAUGGUGAUGACGAAACCCUUGAUGAUGAUGAUGACGACGACGGGGACAUUGUUUUUGUCGGCGCCUUGGCCUUAACGAACCAGGUUGCUGCGCUGUCUGUCGAGUCCGAGGAGAAGUCUGGCACGAGUUGCAAGUGUUGA